AUGAGUGGUCUGUCGUCCUUCCGUCGGGUCAACCAAUGGCUGGUCUUCGCGAGACAGUGGUCUCUAUACGACGCCCAAUGGCAGGACGCGUUUGAUUCGGCUGAGUUGGUCGCACGCCAUCUUCACGGCCGCCACAAACCCAUCUACGAUCCGGACCAGGACUUCGGCGACCACGUGGUGGUGAUGAACGCCCGCCGGGUGUCGAUGCCGGGCGACGAGUGGCGGUACCGCCACUAUUACCAUCACACACAUUACGCUCGCGGCAAACACUGGGCCGCCGCUCACGAGUUGCACCAAAAGGAUCCGACACUUGUCUUAUAUAAAGCCAUUUACAAAGCGGUCGGAAACGUGAAACUCAAGCGACAGGAACUGAUCGCUCGGUUGCAUAUCUUUCCCGACGAUCAGAUACCGCAACAUAUCAUGCAUAACGUCUCGCAUCAGAUCCGACAACUCAGACCGAUUCCCAAACGCUUGGAUCAGUUCACCGACGAUGAGCUCAAAGAGUUUCCCAAAGUUUUCGAUUAUCCCGAAGACUAUGCCAUCAAAUAA